AUGGAGUCCAACGAGUCGGAGACGCUCUUCCCGCCCUACUCGGCCUUCGAGGUCUUGGAUCUGGAGCGCGACCGGUGCCGCCUGCGAGCUGUGCCCUACCGCUGGGACGACGAAUCUGUGAUGAGCCAGGCCCAGGCUCCCAACGCAGAUUCCUCUUGCAAUGCGAUGUGA